AUGGCGCCUGCCGCCUCCAAAACCUCCACGCCCAACGCCGGCCAGUCAUCGUUCACCCCUAGCACCAUGGACUGGAAUAACUACACUGGACAUACCGACAGUCACAACUCCCCCGACGCGACGAAUGCGGAGUUCCGCUGUGGUCUCUGCAACAAGGCCUACGGUCGCCGGGAUCUCCGGGACCGGCAUCGACGUCGCUGUGCCAAAACAUUUGGCCAGGAACGCCCAUCCAAGCGCAAGUCUUGCGAAAUUUGCGCCCAAAAGAAGUUGCGUUGUUCAUUGACCCGCCCAGCAUGUAGUCGAUGUGUUCAGAUGGGCACCGCCUGUCACUAUCCUAACACGUCUUCGACAUCUCCAACAUGGGUAGAUCAAGACACAGGCCCAGAGCAUAUGUCGCCCUUGGAAGUAAUUCUGGAACCAAUAUCCACAGGUUUUACCCCCGAUUUCCCGGUCUCAGCCAUGACCUUGCCCGAAGACAGCAGUAGCGCUCCGGGUAUGGACGGCAUCGCCUGGAGUCCACCACUCAAUGAUAUCGGUUUUAUUCUUGAUGGAACUGGCUUUCCUGGUCAGGCUACAUGGCCUGACCCAGGAUCAGGAUUCGUGGAUUAUCUGCACGACCAGACGUCCACCUUUCUUACGCCGCAGGAAAAGUCCAAGGAACCGCACCCGUUAGAUAACCAUUCUCUAUUACUUUCGCGGAAUUCGCCAGACCACUCCCUGUCACCCCUAUCCUCGUCGGCGGAGAGUAGUCACCGAGAGCCAUCCAUGGGACGCGACGACGUAGAGACCUCCAACUCCGGUGUCUCCUGGGAUACUACAAGUAUAUUUGCCAGCUCCUUUGUCCCAGACUUGUCUCAUCCAGCACUGCGAGAUACAACCAGUCUAUCUCAUGAGCUUUUCGGGAUCCUGCGCGAGUAUUCUCGAAUGAUGAUACAGCCCAACUUCUGGUCCCCAUUCAUCCACCACAGUCUCUACCGGUGCUCUAAGGACGGCAUGGCUGAGCCCCUCGGCAUUGCCGUGGCCUGUGUAUCGGCAUAUUCAAGCUCUGUCGAGUCCAGCGUUGACUUCGUUGACAACAUGAUCAACUCACAACGGGAGCGGCUGGUCCGCGAGUUUCACAUUUACACCGACCGUCCAGAAACGUGCCUCGCCGCCCUGCAUGCUGUGUGCGUGUAUCAGAUCUUGGGACUCUUUGGGGGCCCAUCCGUAGACUCCCCCAGGUCGGGUCAUAGCACGCCCUUCAAAGAUAGGAGAGAGGGACGUCGCGAAGACGCGGGCAAGGCUGCAGAACUCCAUGGUUCCUUUUUACUGAAGAUGACCCGGCGUCUCUGCAAGCUGCACCAAAAAGCCCUCGGGCAAAACGAAGCAGGCUGGUCCGAGUGGAAAUUUGCUGAAUCCCUCCGCCGCAACGUCUUCUUUGUCCACAUCGUCAAUAUACUCGCCGCCGAAGCCCGGAAGCUGCACCGUGACUAUUUUGAGCCGUUGAAUGAUGGCAUAAAUUUGCAGAUGCCCCUUCCAGCACCGGAGUACAUGUGGCGCGUCUGCAGCGAUGCAGAAUGGCAAGUCGCCCGGGAAUACGCUCGCACAACAUCGCCUACUCCGGGUACUCUUCAGGACUUACUCGAACUUGACCGUGUGGGAGGCUUGGACGUCGCGUUGCUGCAACCUUUAACAAGGAUAAUUUUGGCGUGUCAUAAGAUUCGGGCUAAGUUUAACGAUGGGGUAGAAUAA